GUGAGAUAAAUAUUUUGAUUUUCGCAAACUUUUAAUUGAUUACCAACAACUUGUAUCCCUUGUUCAAAUAUUGUUUUAUUCAUAAAUUCCUACUUUUUUAAUGUGAGUGUUAUUCAAGCUGCGAUAUUAAAUAAGUAAAUAAGUAUUUAAAAUCUUAGUUUAAAAUGUACAACCAAAACAAUUUCAGGGUCACGUUUUUCCCAUACUACUCGACUUGUAAAGUUAUUAAAUUAGAAGACUAAAAGUCUUUUCUUGUUAUCAUGGGCGAAAUGCUCAAUAGACUAGUCCAGUUUCAAAAUCAAAUUUUAGUUGAACUUCAAGAAACAUCUGAUCUUGGUUUUUCUAGUAGUUCACUACUAACAAAAUAUGUAAGAAACAUUAACUCUUUAGAUUCAACGACCUUGUUAAAAAUUGAAGCCAUACUUGAUUACAUGUAUGAACUGAUAAAUGCUGGAAAUUGGAAAGAUGUGAAACUGUCCUGGCGAAAAACUAUAACAGUAGCAACUUAUCUAAAACUAAUAGUUAUUUUUAAGUCGUCUACUGAGUUAACAGAAGACUUAUUCAAAGAAUUAUUCAAGAUAAUUGACCAUGGUAUUCUUUUUGGAUGUCCUCUUAAAAAUGAACCAAAGCUUUUACAAAAGUGUGCAGAAAUCAUGAAUUCUUCUCGGCCACAUGUUAAUAAUAUUGAAAACAUGAGUAGUGAAGUAAAUGAUGUAGAUAUUCAAAGCAACUAUGAUAGUUUAUGUAAAAUUGAUGUUUUAAACUGCCCUAGUAUGGAAACAUUUUUCAGAGACUACAUUUUAAAAGAAAGACCGGCUAUUUUAGAAAACUGUAUCAAUCAUUGGCCUGCACUAGAAAAAUGGAAAGAUCAAAAUUAUUUCAUAAAACUUGCUGGACUUAGAACUGUGGCAAUUGAGUUAGGUAGUGACUAUACCAAAUCUGAAUGGACCCAGAAAUUGAUGACAUUGGAAGAAUUCAUAAAAAACUAUAUGUUUAAUACAGAUGGACCUGUAGGAUAUUUAGCUCAGUACCAGCUUUUUGACCAUAUACCAGAAUUGAAGUUAGAUAUUACGGAACCAGAGUACUGCUGUUUUUCCGAUACAAAUGAACCAGUAGAUAUUAUGGCAUGGUAUGGCCCAAAAGGAACAUUAUCUCCACUCCACUAUGAUGCAAAAAGGAACUUGCUUGCUCAAGUUAUUGGCAAGAAACAUAUGUUUCUAUUCUCACCUAAUGAUACUGACUAUUUAUAUCCUCAUGAUAGUCAAUUAUUACACAACACAGCGCAAGUUGAUCCAAGGAAGCCUGAUUUGGAAAAGUAUCCUAAAUACAAAGAAGUUAAGCCAUAUUAUUGCACUUUGAGUCCUGGACAAAUGUUAUUUAUACCACCCAAAUGGUGGCAUUGUGUAGAAUCUUUAUCUAUCAGUUUUUCUGUUAGUUUUUGGUGGGAGUAG